AUGACCGAUAAAUAUCGAAAUUUCUCUAAAACUUAUUCUCGAACAAAAUCUUCGAUCAGUGAUGAUGAAGAUUAUGAGCGAAAACGAAGAAAAUCAUCUGAAUGUUCAUAUUCUCAACGAACGUCAAGUCUUGAUGGAAAAGUUUAUGUUGGAAAUGUUCCAACAGAUGAUUUAUCGGAUCGAGAAUUAUUAGAAUUUUUUCGACCAUUCGGUAAAAUUUCAGGUAAAAUAACGAUUUCUCUCGCUGAAAAACUACUCUUUCUUAUUCAAUUCAAAGAUAUUCGAGUUUAUAAAAAUCAUUUGUUUGUUCAAUAUGAAAAUCUUUCUAAUGCAGAUCAAUUAAUUCAACAAGGACAAAGUUCUUUAUUUCUUAAAGGAAACAAACUUGAUAUUUUACCUGCAAUGAAAAUAUCCGUCAAUGGUGAACAAAUCAAUUGUGAUAAUUCGGAAAAAACCGUUUGCUCAAAAAACUCUUCUUAUCAGAAAAGAAGAAGUUCCUUUUCGGAUGAUGAUCAGCAAAAAUCAUUCGUAAUUCAACCAGAUAAUUCUCAACAAUUCAUCGGUUGUCAAAUUAUUCUCGUCAAUCAUCGUCAAAGAAACUAUGCCGAAGAGAUCAGUUCAUACCUUGAAAAUCAUGGUUUGACAACAUCGAUUCUUGUGAUCAGAGAAAAUUAUUCAUUACAUGAAGCAAUUGACGAUGCAAUUGAGCAAAAAUCUCUCUAUGGAAUCAUCAUUUUGCCAAUGCAUGAAGAUCGACGUUCAGCUUCGUUUCAUAUUCUUCAUGGACAAAUCGAAGAACAUCGAAAUUUGAAAUUGGAAGAUGUUUAUGAAUUAAUUCUCAACAAUUAUUCGAUGUUCAAACAAAAAUCUUGUCAAAUACCAACGAUUCAGGAUAAACUUCCAUUAUCGACAUUGUUGUGUCUUUUAGCUGAUGGAAGACAAUUGACUUUAGAUGAAAUUGAUCGUGUUCUUGUUUAUUUACUUGAAAAAAAAGCUUACAUGUUGAAUUUACCAACAGGCAAAUUACCACCAUUACCCGUAGAAUAUGCAAAUUAUCAAAAAGAUUCUUCAUCGAAUGAAUUAUCUCCAAGAUUAAUCGAACAAAUUCGUGAGAUAUUUAAUAGAAACCUGAAGAAAACCCCAGUAUUUCAGGAGGAACACAAAUCGAAUGAAACGUAUCCAACGUCAUCUUUAUCACAAUCGAUGUCAAAUUGUUCAACAGUUGACAAUUCAACUGCGAUUUUUCAAGCAUAUACACAAUUCAACGGAAUUCCACCAUUGAUGAGCAUCAAUCAUCAACAAAUCAGAAAAUAA